AUGUCGACUAUGACUUUUGGUCAAAAGCAAUUCAUACCUACACCUCCAGAUAAGGGAAGUUUUCCUUUAGACCAUGAAGGUGUUUGUAAGGCUACUAUGAAAAGGUAUCUUAAUUGCUUAUUUGAAAAUGAUAGUAAUAACUCUAUGUGCCGAGCAGAAGCCAAAGAAUAUCUUGCUUGUAGAAUGGAACACAAUCUUAUGGCUAAAGAAGAAUGGUCAAAAUUAGGCUUCUCGGACAAAGAUAAACAGUUAAAAGAAGAAGAGAAAUAA